AGAGAAGCAGAGUUUCAAAUCACACUGCUGCCUUCUCCCCCCACCAUGGCUGCCAUGUGGUCUCUGAUCAUCGCUCUCCUCCUGCUUCUGCUCCCACUCGUGCCGUCCUCCUCCUCCGCCAUCACGCUCCCGCUCCAUGGCAACGUCUACCCUGUCGGCCACUACUAUGUUACGAUGAAGAUUGGUAACCCCCCGAUGCCCUACUUCCUGGACAUCGACACCGGCAGCAACCUCACCUGGCUGGAGUGCAAACACCCGCAACUCGGCUGCCAGCACUGCACCCAGCAUCCAAAACACCCACAUUACUCGCCACAACUUAUCAACUUGAAGGUGGAAUGUAAUAACAAGUACUGUGAUGCACUACGGAAAGACCUGGCAGGUGGUAACCCUAUAUGCCAACAUAAGAAGCCGCAUCAAUGCCACUACAACAUUCAAUACGUUGAUGGGACGUCAGAUGGUGUCGUCUCCUUUGACAUGAUCUCUCUCGGGGAAAAUGGAAAAUCCAUUGCCUUCGGAUGUGGAUACAGCCAGCAACCACAGAAAGAAACAUCACCCGUAGAUGGCGUCCUUGGUCUUGGGAUGGGAACGGUAGGUUUUGUCCCACAACUCAUGCUGCACAAGAUGAUCACCAAGAACAUCAUUGGGCAUUGCCUUGGCAAGGAUGGAGGGGGCUACCUCUCCUUCGGGGAGCAGUUUCACCUGGGAGGCAUAACCUGGGCACCCAUGAGAAAAUAUGAACUUUUCUACUCACCUGGCCAAGCAUCACUACACCUGAACGGACAGCAGAUAUACAAGCAUGGAGUGAAUGCUGUCUUUGACAGUGGAUCCACCUACACCUACAUACCUGCCCGGAUAUACAAUCCCUUUGUUCUUAAGGUGCAAGAUAUGAUCGGCAGUUCACAUAGGGAGGUGCAUGAUGAUGACCUGCCACAUUGCUGGAAAUUCAAAUCUAUUCACGAGGUUCAGAGGUUGUUCAAGCCACUUUCAUUGCAGUUUCACAACAAAAUUGCCAUGCAUAUCCCUGCUAUGAACUACCUCAUCCACACGAGAAGCAAUAAUUGGUGCUUGGCCAUCCUCAACGGAACGCAGAUCCCUGAUGGAGACCGACGGAUCUUAAUUGGAGAUGCUACAAUGCGGGAUAUGCUUGUGAUAUACGACAAUCAGCAUGGUAGGCUGGGAUGGGUUCACCAACCACAGUGCACCAGGCCUCAUCCUGCUUCGCGUCUCUGAGUAAAGCUUGCAUGGAGAUACAUCGCGGUAAAAGAUAUAUAAAUGGUCAUACCUCUUAGCAAGAAUGAAGUGAUAUUGGUAGAUCUUGUAUGAUCCUCGCACUCAUAAUAAAAUGGAGUUCUUUGGUUGCA